AUGCGUGAAGAAGCUGCAGAAAAAAACAGCAGGAGCUCUUCUAUUGUUGCGACUACCUGCGUAUCAAAUGUAGAAAUGUUUGGGUCUGGAAGAGUGCAGACUUGUUAUGCAGGUUUUCCAUGACCCACGAGGUCUGGUAUGUAGGGCAUAGCAUGACAGAUUAUGUGAGAGCUCUAUCAUUCCUAUCCUGCAUGAGAAACUGCCUCUCGAUUACGUCAAAAGUGGCCAGCUUUUGGCAAUCAUGCAACACAGAUUUUUGAAUUUGAAUGAUUCAGGUUUAGCAUGACAAGUUAGAUUCUUCCAGACCCAGACACUUUUGCAUUUGAUACUGCGUUCGCGGGUUUUUCCUGCUCUGGUUCCUGCUAUUGUCUUUUCACUACUGGUAUCAAAUGCAAAUAUGUCUGGGUCUGGGAGAUUGCGAGCUUUGUCAUGCUAGUCUGGCAUGACUCAGAACUCUGUGUUGCAUGGCCGCGAAGAGCUCCUCCUCCCUGUCAUGCAGAAACGCAGUUUGUCAUGCGGAGUACGCAACUCAGAACCAUGAAAAAAAUUUGUCAUGCUUGGCAGCGCAUCAUAGUGAGUUCACUAUUCCCUUUCUUGCAUCACAAGUUUCCAGACCCAGACAUAUUUGCAAUGCAUAACUGGCAGGCACUGCGGACAGAAUGGUUUGUCCCGAAGGUGAUCCUGUGCGCGCAUUGGGCCGCCAUGGAAACGGGAAUACGAAUCGGCUUCGAACUAAAGCAUUGCAAAUGUAACGUAACUAGUACAAAUUGCAUUACAAGUUUUCUCAGAAUUGAAAAUGGAGUUUGUAAUGCUGGUAUACCUUGGGAAGCACAUUUGUCAUGCAAGUCUGCAAUUAGUACGAGUAGGUACGAUAUUUUUGCAAUGCAUACGAAAAGUGUGGAAGGAAGGCGCUCGGUACCUACUCCGUGAUGGCGACCAGCUUCAGACGCAUGGAGAUCUCGACCUAUAUCAAAACGAAGCACCUCCCCUCCCCAUAUCGAAAUGGAAAUUUGUGAUGCUGAUUUGUGGCCACAAAUCGUCUUUGUCUUGCCUAUACUGUAUCGGCAAGACAAAAGCGGCGGAGGAAAGUGGAAUCUCGCAAGAUAUGAUGUUAACAAAAAUGUGCUCUCGACUUUGAAUUUUUCUAGUUGAAUAACAAGAAUUCUACGAACAAAAUGAUGAUUUUGAGUUGCUAAUCUGAAUGGUAUGAUGACUUUUUAGCAUGAAAAAAUUGACAACUGUACAACAUACACGCACAAAUGCAUUUUUUCGCACAGAUUAUUGCCGAUAUACGAGCGAAAACUGCCCUUUUGCCUGUUCUCUAUCUGCACUACUGCAAACUGGUUUGUGAUAUGGAACUCCUAGCCUCCUACAUAACCAAGGAACAGGCUCAGAAAAUGCCGCCGAGCACUUUCUACAAACGAAAUCAGAGUUUGUGUACGCAAGUCCAGCGUCAGACACUUCGUUUUGAUAUGGGGAGGAGGGAUUUUUCCUCAGAAUAACCUACCGUCCGGUUUCCCUAAGACUAAAUGAGAAAACGUUUUCCGUCCACGAUCACAACCAUGCCUUCUUCGCGCCCCGCCGGGGAGGAGGAGCCGCGCUGUUCACCCUCACGGAAAUUGGGGCGCCGCAGCUGCUAUCAAGUGCAAAAAUGUCUGGGUCUGGAAGAUUGCGUAGGUUUGUCAUGCAGGUUUUCCAUGACGCACGCGGUCUGGCAUGCACGGCCUAGCAUGACAGGUUCUGUGAGAUCUCUAUCAUGCCUUUCCUGCAUGAGACACUGCCUCUAAACUUGUUCGGAAGUGGACCUCUUUUGGUAAUCUAUCACGCAACACAAAUUUUUUCACGAUCCAGACAUGGAAUGACAAGUUACACUCUUCUAGACCCAGACAUAUUUGCAAUGCAUAGUUGCGAAGAUGGUUCGGCGCGGAAAUGGAAAAGGAAAGAUUCCACCGACUUGAAAAGCCCGAGGCAUAUGAAUUGCGCAAGUGUUUGGGUCUGGAACAUUAUGAGACUUUUCAUGCGCGUUCUGUAUGAGCCGUUACGUUUGUGAUGCAUGCCCUAGCAUCACAGAUUUUUUGACGGCUUCUUGAUGCCUAUUCCGCAUGACAAAUGCCCUCUCCGCGCAGCAAAAAUUGCAUUCCCUUUGCUGCUCAUGCGAUGCAAAUUUUUUUGGAAUCCAAAUGCAGCAUCACAAGUUACACCCUUCCAGACCCAGACAUAUUUGCAAUGCAUAAGGCACUGCGAAAGCUGAUCGACUACGAGCUCGCGCGGCGCGGGACCCGCAACGGACGGCAACGAUAUCAAGUGCAAAUAUCUGUGGAGGUCUGGAAGGAUGCAACUUGUGUUGGUGUCUUUGAAUUCUGUAAAAAAUCUGUAUUGCAUGACCAGCAAGAGGAGUCCAGUUUGUGCUACGCGGAGAGGACAUUUUUCAUGCGGGAUAGGCAUCAGGAAGGGUUCUAAACAUCUGUGAUGUUAGGGCAUACAUCACAGACGAGACAAUCGUGCGCCGUGCAGAAUGUGCAUCACAAACCUCGCAUCUUUCCAGGAGACCCAGUCCCAGACACAUUUGCAACGCAUAAAGGGCUGUUGCGAACGAAGAGAGUAGACGAGCAGUCGUCGCUCGACUUCCUGUAUCCUGUGCAAAAGUAUCGUACUCGUAUUGCAAUCGUGCAUUACAAAUCUUUUUCUUAAGGUGCAUCUGCAUUACAAAUUUCCUGUCUCGUGCUGAGGAUAUUUGUAAUGCAUUUAUACGAGUACGAUACUUUUGCAGUUCAUAUCCUGGUCCCUCAGGACGCACGGGUGGUGGCGCAACGAACCUCGACCUCUGACAAGGAAGCACAUCAAAAGACCUCGGCGUCGACAGCACCCUCCACCUGCUCGGUGUUUUCUUUCGGAAUCAAUUAUCAAUUCGAAUUUGAUGAUUACUACCUGUUCCGGGAAAAGUGCAAUGUUUUUUCCUUCGAUCCUUCUAUGGACCAGCGGCGGCACGCGGAAUACGUUCACCACCCCCAGCGCCAUGUGUUCGAGUUUUUGGCCCUCGGUAUCAAAAAGAAAAAAGCCCCCACCCCAUAUCAAAACGAAACUUCUGAUGCUGGAUUUGCGUACACAAAUUAGAUUUGUCUUGCAGUAGAGGACUGCAGGCCCAUAUCAUGCCAAUGCAGAGAGGUUUUGGCCUAGGCGCUUAGCAUGGGGAACGCCUAUGCUGUAUGGCCAACAGCAUGAUAAACCGCCUGCAUAAUGGGGCGGAGAUCAUGCCGUUGCUUUCUUGCAAGACAGACGCGAUUUGUGGUCACAAAUCAGCAUCGCAAAUUUUCUGAGACGCUCCUUUUCGAUAUGGGGAGGGGGGAUUUUUCCUUACCAUACGCGGCAGUCGCGACGGGUUCCACGACAAUACCAAUGCAGUGUCUACGGAGUUGGUUCUCAAAUGUUACACUCUCAACUGUUCUUGCGUGAAUUUGUCAUGCAAGAACAGCAACAGUCAAAUGGGCAAGCUUGCUGCUUUCGCAUCACAGAUUUGGCACAGAUUUAGACACUGUCUAGCCCCUUCUCGUAGAUUUGUCAUGCGAAGCAGCUUGAUCAUCUGGCGGGUUAAGGUAGUCUUGCAUGGCAAAUUCAUGUAACAGUUGAGAAUUUGUAACGUUUGAGAACGCCAUAGUGUCCACCUUGUACAAACGCCCAGAACUGCAGCCACUCGUGAUCAAGAAGGCAGGUUCUGCAGCUACUCCAGGAGACGGCAACAAGAAUAAAGGCACUAGUACAACAACUUCUUUCGUCGUUGCGCAGGACAUCUCGCGGGGGUUUGAAGAGCGCCGGGUUUCCACCUUGAUGACGCAGAAAAAGUUGGACCAUCUUAUGCAUUGCAAAAGCAUCCGAUACUCGUAUAUAAAAUGUAAAUGCAUGACAAAUCUUUUCAGCAUGAGAAACAAAAUUUGUAAUGCGGAUUUAGCUUGACAAAGAAAUUUGUAAUGCAUGGUCGCAAUGACUACGAGUACGAUACUUUUGCACAGGAUACAUCUCGACGUGCUGCGGUUUGACGUGGAGGGAGCGGAGUGGGGCGUGCUUAUGGAUUGCAAAAGUAUCGUAGUCGUAGUUGUAAUCGCGAUAAUGCAUGACAAGUUCUUCCCUGAAGGGACAUCCGCAUUACAAAUUUUCUUUCAGAUGCUGCGGAUGAAAUUUGUCAUGCAAUUUCUACUAAUACGAUGCUUUUGCAUUGCAUAGUGUUGGAUGAGGUGCAACAGACCAUCCCGAAGAUUGGAACCCUCUCCGCCGAGUUUCACUUCUUCUAUGGGGCCAGGAAUUUGACCAAGUUUUUUUCCUUGCUCUGCGAUCCGGAUCAAAUUCAAACGGCAGGCGAACCGUCACCCUGUUUUGAUCUCGGCACAUGGGUCCAUGGCGGAGGGUGCGGGUAUCCAUGUUUAGAAAUUACCGCAGCACACAGCCGGUGACAGGGGGGGCGACGUGCCGUCAAUGGCGAAUCGUGCAAAUCAUCUGCAGACGUCACUGCAGUCGUUGUCUUUAUGUUUAUUUUUUGUGCAAAUUUUUGUCAGAAUACAGUCAUGCGGUGGUCCACGUGCCAUCAAUUCAACGGCGAGAAGGUUGGCGGACCUCCAAUCAGUUUGUUCCUUCAACUAAGGAGUACCGAAAAGCUGCUUUGUAUGUUGUCAACAUGAUUUCUCACAGAAAAAACAAAAUCGAUAUACUAAAUUUGUUCCAGAAUGCAGUAGAUCAUUGUUCAGAUCAUGAU